AUGACAUCCACAUUCAGUUUCGGCUUCUCAGGAGACGACAUCGAGACUGGUGUCGAUGAGAAUGAAAAUGAGAACGAGAACGAGACCCAGACCGCUGCUCGCUUGAACAAUCUCAGCUUGAAGGAUUCGUCCGCGUCGUUGCCGAAGUUGGUCGAGGCGGAGAGGUAUCAGUUGGAUGAUUGGAUACACACUCUCCCCUCACAGAUAUCAUACAACAAGCUCAAUCUCAAUAUUCCCACCCAGCCAGAGAGUAGUCUCCGCCUCGGCAGACGCGAAGUCUUCGACAUUCGCGCGCAGCUCAUGGCGGAAGACGAAGAUGAGGCCGAUCACGAGGAGCUCAUCGCCGGCCUGGAGCAAGGCGAUAUCAAGCCCUUUUUCUACGAGGGCGGGUUCAAGACCUGGGAGUGUGCGCUCGAUCUUGCGAGGUUGAUGGCCUCGGGCGAGGAGGUGGAUGCUUUGGGAUUGUCAUUGGCUGGUGAUGAUGAUGAAGAGGACGGGGAGGAUGUCCAUGUUAUUGAGCUCGGCUGCGGCACCGCAAUGCCCUCCCUCGCCAUCUUCGCACAACUCCUGGCCCGUCCACCACCGACAUCUCCGCCGCGACGCAAGUUCUCUUUCACGCUGGCAGACUACAACGCCACCGUGCUGCGUCUGCCUCCUCAGAAGAAAAAGACGCAGGAAACAAUCCACCGGAAACCGAAAACCGACAGACGCACGCAGACGAAAACGAAAAGGAUGAAGGAGACCUAG